AUGGGACUGGGUCAAGCUACUAUCUCUAUCUUGAUGUUUGAGAUCGCUCCGGGACAUGACGGCGGGGGAAGGCGUAUCGUUUUCUUUUCAUUUUACCCAAAACCUCCACAAGUUGGGACCCCUUUGAGGAGCUAUGACCUGAAGAAUUCUUGUGUGAGUCCAGAUCUUUGCAACAUUGAUCAGAAUAUUCACAUCAGAAGUGUGGAUUGUGCUUUACUUAGUGAACUGUAA